UUGUCUCGUGUUGUUUUCUCACAUCUCCCUCCUCCUCCUCCUCCUUCUCUAAUCCAAAACUUCUUAUCCUGUUUCUUCUUUUAUCUUCCUCCUCCCCUGCUCUGAGAGCGAGAGAAGAAUAUACUAACAGUCCAACUCUGAACUUUUUGUGUCAAUCCAUUGCUCGCUGACUAUAUCAUUUAGGAAGAAGAAGAAGAGAGGAGCUGAAUUUGGAUAGUCAAGAUAUAUGGUGGUGGUAACAUAAAAUCGCAAUAGUGGGAAUGGCUUGUUUGCUACCUCAAUUCUUCAAUUGCCCACCAGACACUACUACCAGUACCACCACACUAUCUCAUCAUCUUACUUCUCAUACCCACUCUUACCUCUUCAAAACUAGACAACCCGUAUGCAUUCGUGCGCAAUGUGUUCUUACAACGACUACAGCAAGUGCAGUUGUCGAUAUGGAGAAGCUUCAGUUACCAUCUCUGGAAGCUCAUUUACGUUCACUAGCAAUGGACAGAUCCAUGUCAUAUGUAGGAUCUGUUGGUCCACCCACUAAGCAGGAAAACAUUGAAGAUACUGUAGCUACGGAAACACUUACUGGUGAAGAGGCCGAUAUAGCUGCUGCUGCUGCUGGAGCCGUCGCUCUUGCAAAAGCAGCAGCGCAAAUGGCUAAAGAUGCUGCUUUUAUGGGUGGCGAUAAUUCUGAUGCUAGAUUAGAUCAUAAGCAUGUAGAAUUUUCACCAAAAACCGAAAGCAUACAUCUUGGGACGGUUCAUUAUACUGAUGCCGAGCGAUCAUUACUAGGCCUUCAGCCUUUGCAAGCUGAGUGCAGGACGGAGGAAGAAGAAAUAAUUCCUGUUACAGAUUCUGACAGCUUGGAGCCAACUGAUGAAGAACUUGAACUUCUCCAGGUGCAACUUACAAAUAGAAUAGCUGUGAGAUCUGGGCGUCAAACAGAGAGAAGAGCUAGAAGAGCAAAAGCAGCUGAGAAAGCUGCUGCAAGUGUUGUUUCUGUGAAUUCUGGAUCUAGUCGUAAAAAGAAAGCUCCUAUACAAGAAGUGGACUACGCUGAUCCUUUGCGCUAUUUGAGGGGGACCACUAGCUCUUCCAGACUUCUUACUGCUAAUGAAGAGCUGCAGUUGUCAGAAGGGAUACAGGUCUUAUUAAAACUGGAAUUACUUCACGACGAACUUACAGAACGUUGUGGUGGUAAACCCACUCUUGCUCAGUGGGCAGCAGCAGCUGGAGUUGACCAGAAAACCCUAAGGAAGCGCUUAAACUAUGGCAUCCUUUGCAAAGACAAAAUGAUUAAAAGCAACAUCCGUCUUGUAAUUUCUAUUGCAAAAAAUUAUCAGGGGGCGGGAAUGAACCUUCAAGACCUUGUUCAGGAAGGGUGUCGAGGCCUUGUAAGAGGUGCAGAGAAAUUUGAUGCUUCAAAGGGAUUCAAGUUUUCAACUUAUGCCCACUGGUGGAUUAAGCAGGCAGUUCGAAAAUCGCUUUCUGAUCAAUCUAGAACAAUUCGCCUACCGUUUCACAUGGUCGAGGCAACUUAUCGAGUAAAGGAAGCUAGAAAGCAGCUGUUCAACGAGAAAGGAAGACAGCCCGACGACAAGGAGAUUGCAGAGGCGACAGGGUUGUCAAUGAAGAGGCUAAUGGCUGUAUUACUCACUCCCAAAGCUCCAAGAUCUCUUGACCAGAAGUUUGGGAUCAAUGAGAGUCUAAAGCCUUCAGAAAUAAUUUCAAAUCCAGAUGAUGAAACAUCUGAAGAUAUACUUAUCAAGCAAUUCAUGAGGCAGGAUCUGGAAAAAGUGCUAUGCACUCUCAAUCCAAGGGAGAAGCAGGUGGUCCGGUGGAGGUUUGGGCUGGAGGAUGGAAGGAUGAAAACAUUGCAGGAGAUUGGGGAAUUAAUGGGUGUGAGCAGAGAAAGAAUCCGGCAAAUAGAAUCAUGUGCCUUCAGAAAGUUGAAGAAUAAGAAGAGAACCAAAAAUUUGCAGCAGUACAUUAACUCAUAAUGAAAAUUUGCGCAUCAGGUUCUACGGAAAAGAGUAAUGGAAUUGGAUGCCCUGUCUCGCUUUCUUUUCUGUUUUUCUUUAUUUUUCAACGCUAUCUUUCUAUAUGUAGCUGCAGCAUGAAUGCAAAUCUUGGUGCUGCUUUCCAUUUUUGUAAUGCACAUAUCAUUUGUUCAGAAUUUCAGAAUAGUUUGUGCAGAGAAAUAAAAUUCCAAGUUAGUAUUAUUGUCA